AUGAACCACUACGCGCCGCCGUCGAGCCGCGCGGCGUUCCCACGUGGCGGUCCGCCGCCGUUUCGAGGCCCUCCGCUCGCGUUCCCUCGGCCCGGGCCGCCUCUGUUCCGGCCGCCGUUCGCUGCACGCGGUCCGCCGCCGCCGUUCGCGUUCGCUGCACGCGGUCCACUGCCCGCGUUCCCGGGACGGAGCGUCGCGUCUGCACGCGGACCGCCGCCGGGCAUUGCCCGCCGGAGCCUCCCGCCGCCGAUGAUGGCGACACUGGGCUUCCACGCACCUGUCCGACCGCGGCACGAGGCUCGAGCCGCCACUGGCUUUCUCCCGCCUGGAUGGACCGAGCACAAGACGUCGCACGGCGCGACGUACUAUUACAAUGCAGCGACGGGCGUGAGCACGUACGACGUGCCGCGGCGCGUGGAGCCCGAGAAACCGGCGCUGCGGAAGUGGAUGGAGUACAAGGACGAGGCCACAGGUGCGUUCUACUAUUUCAAUACCGUGACGAAGGAGACGGUGUGGGACCAGCCCGAGGAGUUUCGCAUGCAGCGCGCCAGGGAACAGGUUGCCAAGAUGAAGACGGAAGCGGCGAGGCAGACGGCCGUGUCGUCGCCACGCACGGCACCGGUACACACAGCGCCCACGCGACGGGCAGCACCGGCAUUGCAUGUCUCCGCGACCGUGCAGCGCGUCGUUGCUCCGGAUCACAUUAGUGUUGCGUCGACGGAAUCCGAAGAGGAAGAAGACGAGGAGAAGCUGGCGGAACAGAGACGACGGGCAGCUCAGGAGAAGCUGCGCCAACAGCGCAAAGAAGCACUGGAGCGCGACCAGGCAGCGCAGUUUGAACACAUGUCGUGUGCUGACCGCAUGACUGCGUUCAAGCAGUUUCUAGAAGAUAAACAGAUUACGCCGACGCUCAAGUGGGGCGACGCGCAGCGUGUGAUUGGAAAGGACACGUCACUGUCUAGCGAUCCACGAUGGAAGUUUGCGCUGACAAGCGUGGGCGAGAAGAAACAGGCGUUUGCCGAAUAUUGCACGCACGCCAAGAACCGCGCGACGAUUGAAAAACGGCGACUGGUGAAGAAGACGCGAGAGGAAUUUACCGAGUUGCUUGGCCUGUUUGAGUCGAUUUUAGCGCCUCCUUCACGGCGCCGUCAAGUAUCGUGGGAGGAAGUGGUGGAGAACAGCAACUUUUACGCCUUGAGGCAGGACCCACGAUGGUCAGCUGUUGAAGAGACGCGGGAGCGGCAACAGCUUUUUGCCACGUUUAUGCAGGAAUUGGAGCGCAACCAGAAAGCUCGACUCGCCAAGCAACGUGAUGCAAUCCGAAUUGCUUUUGCAGAACUCCUGCGACAGCGUGUCGAGUCGAGGCAAUUGGAUCUCAGUGGCACUCGCUCGAGCAAGCGGCUGGACACUGACGACAAGCGCCGUGUCCUUGCUUUGCUGGAAGAGGUGGAACUUCCGAAUAACGGUGGCAAGGUUGGCGAAGAUGCACUUCGUAUUGUUGACCGUCACGACGUGUAUAGCUGGGUGGAAACGUUCCUGGACGAGCGGCGCAAACUAGAGCAGGCGAAGCGCAAGCGUGAGCGUGCAGAACGCGCGGAACGUGAAGAAAAAAUGGUUUGUGCACUAAACGAGCGAUUGAAAGAGCUGAUCGCCGCGCAGAAACUGACCGUUGGAAGCUCGUGGGAGGUGUUUGCGGCUGAGCACCUUCCACACGCUAGCGAGCAACAGAUCAGAGAAUCGAAAAGCGAAGCGGAAGGCGGAGGUGCAGCGGAUACAGCUUGCACCGAUCGCGAAGACGGAGACGGCGAGCAUUUGCACUGGAAAGCACAGCGUCACGCCGUUGAGAAACAUAUUCGUAGACUUCGUCGAGAUCUGGAGCCUGCAGCUUCGGCAAUUCGCGCGUACUUGGAUCGCAGUGGUGAUCCGCCAUUGCGUAUUACAGAGACAACGUCGUAUGCAGUGUACGCUGAUGCGCUUGAGAGCGGGGUCGGUGUCGUAUUGGAUAACAAUGCACCAGAAGAGGGAGAGGAAGAGGCGAGCGAAGCGACAAAUGGUGUGACGACGAGUGCCAUCAAUGUGCCUGACGGUAAUGUAGCCACAAAGAGUGGUGACGGGGUCAAGAAGCUGAAGUCUGAAGAGAUCGAUGCAGCUUUGGAGGCUGCAGUCAAAAAGCAGCGCGAACUGAAAAAUGGCCAUGCAAGUGUAGAGUUUCCUGCGUACGUACGUCAGGUGUACGACAUGUGGGUUGCUCUGGCAAGAGAAGAAAGCCGAAGAGAGCAGGAGAAGAAGUCCAAGCAUCACAAGCGAAGCCGCAAGGAGAGCCGCGACUUGACCGCUGAAGCUGAUGGCGGAGAGAGGCGACUGCGUCGCUCGCGUCGUCGGUCUUCGGUGACAGAGGAAGUGGAGAACGACAAGAACCACAAGAAACAGUCGGGCCAUCGAGCAGCGAGGAAACGUCGCCGCAGUCAUGGGUCGCGGUCCGUAUCCCGGUCCAAGUCUCGCUCUCGCUCAGCUUCUCGACGGAUCCGGUCAAGUCAUCGACGCGGCCGAUCCGACCGCAGUCGCAGUCGAAACCGAUCGCGUGAUCGUGAUCCGGCAUUGCCUCCCAGUUUAGCAGCUGUAAGCUCGAAGCCGGUCGAGCCAAGUGCGACCAAGGACGCGUUUUCUCCGCUUCGGACACCAUCGAAGCCACUGUCCGCAGCAGAAGAAGCCGCAAAGGCAGAGGAGAUUAUUCGUCAGGCGCGGCUCAAGCUGCAAGCCAAGAGCGUGAGCACGUGCAACGACAACCAGGAGCUCGAGGAGGGCGAGGAAUUGGAAGAAGGCGAAGAAGGCGAAGAAUAG